AUGAUUAGUCUGAAGCAUACUGCUUGCUUCGAUGGUUUCGCCUUUUUAAUGAUGGGGGCCUUGGUCUACAAUCGCGUUGCAGAUAUCACUUUCUUUCCUUGCUGUAAGUUGCCCGAGGAACCUGAAUCAAACCAUCCAACGGAGACCGAUGCUUUAGUAGUAUCUUCAGCUUCGUUAAGUCAACCAGCUUAUCCCGAAGCUCACACCAAAUUGCCUGGAGAGAUUACACCCUUGCUUACCUCCUCUUCAGUCUCCCAGCAGCAAAUGAUUUCCUAUAUUUGA